AUGUCUAACAAGGCUCUCGUCUUCAAGGCCGUCCCCCAGGGAUACCCUGUCCCCGGCGAGCACUUGGCCGUCGAGGCCGCUGCCUAUGACGCCAACGUUGCUGCCCCCGACAACGGUGUCGUUCUGCAGUCCCUCUACACCAGUUUCGACCCUUACAUGCGUGGCCGCAUGCGCCCCGCCGAGACCAAGUCGUACGCCCCCGCCUUCGAGCUCAACAAGGCAAUUGACAGCGCCACCAUUGGCAAGAUCGUGCGCUCCAACAACGCCAACUACAAGGAGGGUGACCUCGUCAUCGGCCAUGUCCCCGUGCAGGAGUACGUCGCCGUCGGCGAGAAGGAGUUGAUCCGCAUCCGCAAGCUCGAGAACCCCCUCGGACUCGAAGACAUCCGCGUCUUCCUCGGUCCCCUGGGUAUGCCCGGUCUGACCGCAUACUCCUCCCUGUACGAGAUCGGCAAGCCCAAGAAGGGCGAGACGAUUUUCGUCUCCGCCGCCAGCGGAGCCGUCGGCCAGCUCGUCGGCCAGCUCGCCAAGCACGAAGGUCUGCGCGUCAUUGGAUCCGUCGGCUCUGACGAGAAGCUCGAGUACAUCACCAAGACUCUCGGCUUCGACGGCGGCUUCAACUACAAGACCGAGAAGCCCGCUACCGCUCUUGCCCGUCUUGCCCCCGAGGGUAUCGACAUCUAUUACGAGAACGUUGGUGGCGAGCAUCUCGAAGCUGCCCUCGAUGCCUUGAACAACUUCGGCCGCAUCGUCGUCUGCGGUCUGAUCUCCCAGUACAACGCCGCCCCCUAUCCCAUCAAGAACAUCCACAACGUCCUCGUCAAGCGUAUUGACAUGCGCGGCUUCAUUGUCGGUGACAAGGGCAUGGGUGAUGUCUACACCAAGGAGCACCAGGAGAAUGUGCAGAAGUGGAUCAAGGAUGGCUCCUUCAAGGUGCUCAUCCACGAGACUGUCGGCAUUGACAACGCUGCCGAGGGUCUCGUCGGUAUCUUCUACGGCAAGAACAUGGGCAAGGCUGUCCUUAAGUUCUAA